CGAGUAGUUCGUGAAUCGUGACAGCUUAGCUUAACCUUUCCUUUAGCCAGGCUAGUGCUCCCCUCUCCCCACCACCACUAUCAUCAUCAUCAUCUCCCUGCUGCCGCUCCUGCCCUCCUGGCUAAUCACGCACGCUUAAUCCCUCCGUCCCAUGCCUCUCCGUCCUCUUCUCUUCCAUAUAUACACAUCCCAAGGAUGCUGGUUGCUUCCAUGCACUAAUAAUAACCUACCUGAUCGAGCAAUCUCGUGUGUAGCCAGCUGCAUCGAUCGUUCCCUUAUAUAUACUAUCUGUGAGGCUCUGCCCUGGUCGAUGAUGGCGUGGCCGAGGGAAGGAAGAAGAAGCAGCCCGCACAAGGAAGCAAGCAUGGGAGGUGCCAUGGACAUGGCGCGAGCCGCGUGACCCAACAAACCUAGCUAGGGAGGGAGGGAGAUCAGAAGCAUCCGUGCACGCAAGGAUGUGCUGAGAGGGCAGAGAGAGAAAAACUGCUUAAGGAGGAUCGGAGCUAGCUAGGGAGCAGAAAGAUCGAUCGAGGAGGUCUCGAGAAGGUUCUUGAUCGGCUUCUUGCUUGCUGCUCCCGAUCGCCGGAGGACAUCAUCAUGUGGAGCCUGGUGCGGCAGGGCCUGCGGUGGGGGCGCCGGCGGCGGACGGCGCUGGUGGUCGACGAGAGCGCGCUCGGCGGCGACGACGGUGCCGCCACCGCCGCCGCCCCGGCCGCGGGCGGCGCGGCGGUGGCGCCGCCGACGCUGGGCGGCGCGCUGGCGAGGGCGCUGCUGACGAUGGCGUGCGCCAUCCGCUUCGACGGCGAGGACGGCGGCGCCACGGACGAGGCGUGGGCGGCCAGCGGGUGGCGCCCGCGCGCCGACGAGGUCAGCCACCUCAUGGUGCGCGAGAGCAUGUGCUACGCCAUCUACGCGUAGCCGUGUAUUUGCGUGGUACUAGCGUACGUACGUAGGAUUCUACGUCCGUAUAUACAUACGUACAGCGUAUCCACGCAUGUAACAUUGGUAGUGGUAGGUGUUAAGCAUAUGUACUUAGGUUGAGUUGGUGCCUAGAGGUGUAGAGAGUACUGUAUCUCGUAUUCUUGUAUGUAUAUAUGUACGCGCGCGGUGGUCACUACUAGUAGUCUACUAGUAGCAUAUAAAGUUAAAGGUUCCAUGGUAACUACUGCUUAGG